AUGGGCUCUGGGAAGUUGGCAGUUGUGGCCAACACUGUAGCUGCAAGCUACGUCGACUUGAACGGCUGUGGGUCGGGCCAUACGUUUGUCGCCGUGAAGACGAAUGCCAACAUUACCGACGACAUCAAGGUCCACAUGAACUCGUCGGGUAGCGUAAGCGUCAUGUCGGAUGCGAUGAGGACGGGCAGACUUUGCAGCCACGUGGCGGGCUCCGGGUCGGUCGAGAUCAACACGCUGAGCCAGUUUUUCGCCGGAGAGAUCGAGUCCCAAGUCACGGGGUCGGGCACUCUCCAGGUCGUGGGCCAGGGGACGACAGAGCGCCACCACAUAACCAUCACGGGAUCGGGCACGUUGAAUGCCUCCAUCUCCGCGACAUCGUCCGACGUCUACAUCACGGGCAGUGGAUGCGCCAACUUGAACGACUUGCACGGCGUUUCGUCGAAAGUCGCUGGGUCAGGGAGCAUCCAGCGCCUGACCCUUGUGCGCUUGGACCCGCCGUACGACGUCAUGGCCUUGCCGGUGCCGGCACCAACUUCCGUCGCCGAGUGGACGUCGCCCGGAAAUUGGCUCAAGAAGGCCAUCUUUGGUUGA